GUUAUAACGAUGGACGCGUAUCAAACAUAAACAUUUUCUAUUCAGUUGGAGGACAUGUGAGAGAGCCCUUAGUUCGUCUUUGGCUCUUAGAGAUAUGGGGCUACUGUUGCGGACUGCGCAGUCUGUACUGAGCCGCAGACACUUCUGGGGUUGGCUCAAUGCCGUUUUCAACAAGGUGGACUAUGAGAGGAUCAAAGCUGCUGGUCCUGACCGAGCUGCGGCGGAGUGGCUGCUGAGAUGUGGUGCCAAAGUGAGGUUUCAAGGUUUUGACCGCUGGCAUCACGACUACAACGGACUGCCAACUGGGCCACUCGGCAGAUACAAGAUCCAGGCUAUCGACGCAACAGAGUCCUGCAUAAUGUACAGAGGGUUCGACUACCUGGAUGGUCUGAAAAAUGUGGAAGAAAUCAAAUUCCAUAAGUGUAUCUACAUUGAAGACGUCUGCCUGGAGAGGCUGAGCUCAAUAGAGAGCCUACAAGAGAGCGUGUUCAUGAUGGAGGUGGUGUCAUGUGGAAAUGUGACUGAUAAAGGCGUCAUCGCCCUGCACAAGCUCAGGAAUCUGGAGUAUCUGUUUCUCAGCGAUCUUCCUGGAAUUAAAGACAAACAGACCACUGUUGUCAGACUGCAGAAGGCGCUUCCACGUCUGGAUGUCGCUCUGGACCUGGACUGACUGAGAAAGAGAUUCCCGUCUUAAAGAUGCAAUAUGGCCCCUUUUGAUUCUUCUAGGCCAAUUUGCCCAAUCCUCCCAGUUUAAGAGAAACGACAAAAAUGAACUGGGAUGAGUUAGCUUAGUUUGUAUGGAAUGACCUCAUAUUGAAGGUUGACGGCUUGGACUUGUGGAAUCUGCAUUUCCAUGUUAGAAUAUUUAUGCAAAGGAUUCAUUGUUUGUUUUACUGAAAUAAUGUGGAGCUGGCCAACAAAGAGUCUCUUUAUUCUGCUGACACAAGUUUUCAUUGAUCUUCAGCAGUUUAUUUAAAGUUACACCUUUAUGAGUGUACAUAGAGAAAGCAGUUUGUCAACAUUUCAUUUUAAUCUUCGUGUAAUUUAGAUUAUUUUGGCAUUGGGCAUAAAAUAUCUGAGGACAGACAGAUGGGUGAAAAUGCAUAGCACCAAAGUUCCAGAGAAAACAGUAACAGAACAAUGUGGUUUGUGAUGCUGCUGAUGCUUGUAAAGGUGACAAAAUGAAUGUUUGCAACUGUAUCUGCUGUUGUCAAUAAAUAUUAUUUUCACAAAUGCUCA